AUGAGCACUCAAAAUGCUCAGCAGCCGUCCCAAUCGACAUCCGCCGCGCGGCCACCGGUGACCGUAGGACAGACCACACACCUCGAUCCGGGUGCCUACGUCCGUGGCACACAUGCCAUCACACUCGGGGAGCACAUUCUCAUCCACCCCCGCUCUCAACUCAUAGGCGUCCACGGCCCGCUUUCAAUCGGCGACAAAUGCAUCAUCUCGGAGAAAGCCAUCAUCGGGGGCCCUGUACAGCCAUCAAGUACCACCGCUUCGUCUGCGAAGCCAUCCGGCGGAAGUGUCCAGCCGAGUCCCUUGAUCGCUCAGGGAGCAGAGGACGACGACACCGAUAGAGACCCGGUCAAGACGACAAUCGGCUCGAAUGUCUUCAUCCAUGCUAGCUCACAGAUUCAUGCGGGAGCCGUUAUCGAAGAUGCGGUCUUGAUCGAGCCUCAUGUGUCGGUACUCGCUGGUGUGACUGUGGGAUCACACGCAAAGCUCUGUGCCGGGGUUACAGUAGAUCACGACGUAGACGAAUGGACUGUCGUGUACGGCAAAGGUAACAUCAAACGACGGAGGAAGCAGAACGAUCCAGACUCGGAUGAAGGUGCAGAGCAAGCGGAGGCCAUUGAAACGAUGAGACUCAAAGCUAUGGAUAAGGAACGGGAGGGAACGACCACAAUUUUGAAGAUGGCAGCUAGAGUGGCAACUAUGGCCAAGAAGAAAUAG